AAAAAAAAAUACCAAUCAGCACCAGGGGGUAGGGCGUUCAGUGACCGGUAUAGUUGGCUAUAGAGUUACUUGUACACUCCUACUGAGAGAGUCGCUUGGCAAUGUGACUGUGAGACUGGUGUACUCGACGAAAGUAGAGGCAGAGUGUAAGGGACACACCGGGCUGAAGAGUAAGUGCUAGGCAGCAGGCAGGUGGUGAGCAAGGUAACGUGGGUAAUAUCGAGAUACUUUUGGGAGUGAGAGAACCGAGUGAGAGAGAAACAGGAAAAGGGUGAGCCGCGGGCGCGUGAUUAAAGGCUUCAUAAGGGGAACUUAGAGAAGACUAAUACGAGGAACAGGGCAAAGAGGAGACUAUGAAAGGCGCAAGUGGGAGCUACGGACAAAAAAAAGAGCUAAUGGUGAGGGUGGGAAUGAUAAGGUUUAAGUAGCGUGCUGUUGCUGGAGAGAAGGCGAGAGUGUGACGUGUGCUGGAAGUCUUGUGCUAGGAUCACAACUGGAGGAUUGUAUCACUCGAGGAGACCUGUGCACUUUCUGAGGUGGAGAGUGGCCCUUGAAAUUGAGCUCUGGAAAGUGUGCCCUGUGCAGUAAUGGUGAGAGAGGCACCCCUGAAUGAUGUGCUGCUGGAUUCUACACUUUCCCACACUAUGGCAGACAAGAUCAUUCGUCCAGGCACAGCCGUCUCACCUCAAUCUCCAGAAAGUGAAUUGGGUCAGGACUCAGGAGAAGUUACAAAGCUGUACGUGAGGCGCUGGUUCACUGUGCUGCUCUUCAGUUCCUACUCUUUGUGCAAUGCAUUCCAGUGGCUUCAAUAUGGUAUUAUUAGUAAUAUCUUCAUGCACUAUUAUGGUAUUGGCAGUCUAGCCAUAGACUGGCUGUCAAUGUCAUAUAUGUUGGCCUAUAUCCCACUCAUUUUCCCAGUAGCCUGGCUCCUGGACACCCGUGGCCUGCGUGCCAUUGCAUUAAUUGGCUCUGGGCUGAACUGUGUGGGUGCUUGGAUUAAGACAGGUAGUGCUCGGCCAGACCUGUUUGGAGUGACACUGUUUGGGCAGCUGGUGUGCGCAGUGGCACAAGUUUUCAUCCUGGGAAUGCCGUCUCACAUAGCGUCUGUGUGGUUCAGUUCCUCUGAAGUCUCCACUGCAUGCUCCAUUGGAGUAUUUGGAAAUCAGCUAGGGGUUGCGAUUGGCUUCCUUCUACCCCCUGUGCUGAUCCCCAACAUACAUGACUUGGAUUUGCUUUCACAUCAUAUAAGAGUUAUGUUCAUUGGAACUGCAGCUGUAGCAUCUGUACUGUUUAUCCUCGUCGUCUUUGUGUUUCAGGAUGCUCCAAAGAAGCCUCCUUCUCUGGCACAGGCUGCAUUGCUGUCCACUUCCGCCAGUCAAUACUCAUACAAACAGUCCAUCAUUCGCUUGCUGACAAAUAGAAACUUUAUCCUUUUGGUUGUGUCAUAUGGUUUAAACACAGGGGCAUUUUACUCCCUCUCCACACUGUUGAACCGAAUGGUAACCUUUUAUUAUCCGGGUCAAGAAGUAAAUGCUGGAAGGAUUGGCUUGACCAUCACGGUGUCUGGCAUGUGUGGAGCAUUGCUCACAGGUCUCUGGCUGGACAGGACAAAGACAUACAAACAGACUACGCUAUUUGUAUAUGCCUUUUCCCUAGUAGGAAUGGUGACAUUCACUUUCAUCCUUAAUCUUGGUUAUCUCUGGGUCGUCUUUGUCACCGCUGGAUGUCUGGGAUUCUUUAUGACUGGAUAUCUUCCACUUGGGUUUGAGUUUGCAGCAGAAUUGACACAUCCAGAAUCUGAGGGAACAUCAUCAGGAUUGCUGAAUGUAUCAGCACAGGUAUUUGGUUUGAUCUUCACCACAUCGCAGGGACAAAUUCUGGAAAAAUUUGGGGUUCAAGCUGGAAAUAUUUUCCUCUGCAGCUUCCUGUUGGUGGGGACAAUCAUAACAGGAUGUAUCAAGCCUGACCUUCGCAGACAAAGAGCAAAUCAGGAGGCAGCCCAUAGUCCUUUCCAUGUGAGCCUUCAGCCCACGUUCAAUUAUGGCUCACUCAAUGAAUCUGACGAGUAAGCAGAAUGCAGAGCCACAUGUGGAAACAGGGGACACCCCUUCAUGUCUCUUGUCUGCUGAAGAGUGACAACAGAUUCCAUUGUACCACAGAAUGCAGCUUUAAACAUAACUUCUACUUGGUAAUGGGAUAUUCGAGGCUGGUGGGUUUAUCGACAUAUGUUUCCAUCAGGGUUCUUUCAUGCCUAAAGCAACAUUAUACCUUCGGACUCUAUCAAGUUUUUACCAAAGAAGAAUUCAGUCCAUGUAUUUUGCAAAAUCAAGUGCACAGUUUGCCAUGGAAUCUGACCUGGGUAUUGCAGUUCGAAAUGUCAAGCGUUUGUAAUUAGAAAUUUAAAUAAAAUCCAAUUAAUUUA